UUGAAUGAGGUCUUAAGUCAAUCUCGGACCAGACUUAAGACAAUCUUAAAUAUAAGAUCGGAAUACCGGCCCAUGAGUUUUUGCGUGGUAUUCGGCUGUAAUAAUCGAAUAAAUAAGAAAAAUUUAGAACAGUUAGAAAAAGAAAAAGCUGCAAACAAAAAAUUUUCAUUCUACUUAAGCGGCCAUUUAAUGACAAAAAUUGGCGGGAAGGUACUACAAGUGAUCAGAGCGAUUACGAGAGAGCUGAAUCCAUCAAGCGACCGAUAAAAUAAUAAUAAAAAUAGAAGUGAUAGAGGUGAUAGAGAUGUAUGAAGUGGUGAAGUGUUCAGUGAACAAUGUUCAGUGAACAGUGUUCAGUGAAUAGUGGAAGAAGUGAGAAGCUGAGAACGAAUAAUUAGAGAAUAGUAAAUCUGUAUAAAAAUUGUACAGAUUUUCAAUUCUCUUGGAAGCACUUUGAUUUUAGUUUUGUUGCAGAUUUUGAGAAUAUUUUAAAAAUUGGACAAAAUGGCAUCGAAUAAAUCAAGCGUAUGGUGUGUCGUAAAAAAUUGUAAUCAAAAUAUUCUGAAAAAACGACACUUGUUUCGAUUUCCAAAAGAACAUGACAGAUGGUUGCAGUGGAUACAUGCAUGCAACAGGCUGGAUCUACAAGUAAUGGGUGCAGAUUACGCUUAUCGUAAUUAUCGAUUAUGCCAUUUACAUUUUGAAGAGAAGUGGUACAACAUAAGGAAGACUAGAGCUUCUCUCCAUCCAGAUGCUAUACCCACAAUAUUCUUUGGAAGAAACAAUUCAUCAAUUAAAUCAGAGGAAGAUAAUAGCAAAGAAGAUAGGGAAUCAAGAAGCGAUACAAGACAACCCAAGAAAGAAAUAUUUUUGAAAAUGAUAAAGAAAGAAAAUAUUUUUGAAAAUGAUACACAAGGAAACACAAAUAAUGACUUACAAUUAGAAGCAUUGCUGCCUCCAGAACAACAAGCCCAAAGAGCAACAGAUCAACAGGAAAGCCAAAUCAACAGACCCACUGAACAACAAAAAGAAAUAAGAUCUGAUGUUGAGAUGGCUAAGGCGAGCACAUCAAGUAACAUCCAAAAAGCAAGAAAAGAGGACAGUCCACUGGAGAAAAAAUUGCGGCAACAGAUUACAAAAUUAAAGGCAAGAGUGAAAAAACUAGAAGAAAGAAAUCGACGGCUGCAGAAAAAAUUUAAAAACCUGAAGAAUAUAGAGAAAAUUGGAAAGAAGCCCGAGGAAUAUGAAACUCUGCGCCACUUAACAUUUACAGAAUUGCGGUGCUAUGGUGCAUGGUUUAAUUACUGAUAUAGGUUCAAAUUUUGUACAAUUAUCUCGAGAGUUAGAUAUUUCAACACAGAAUUCAACCUUUUUAGUUGAAUAUAUAUAAUUUUGAAGUAUUAUAUAUAUUCGAUACUCCCCAUUUAAUGAAAAGAACUCGAGAUAAUUUAUUAAAAUAUAAUACAGAAUUUGGAAUUAACAAAGUUGCCUCAUGGGCUCAUAUUGUGCAGUUUUAUAAUAAAGAUAGUAAACAAUGGAUAAAAAUGGCCCCAAAAUUGUCUAAAAAUCAUAUCGAGCCAACUAAUUUUCAAAAAAUGAAAGUCAAAUAUGCGAUACAAGUUUUCAGUAGUUGAGUAGAGUAUGUGUAUUCAAAUGUCCUCUGGCAUUUUUCUAAAUGAAGCAAUUGAAACAAUUUUAUUGAUCAUUUUGAUAAAUUAUUUGAUGUUUUAAAUUCUUCUGUUCUUAAUAGUUCAAAAGAAUAUGGACAAGUAUUUACUGGAAGCAGAAAACAGAUUCAAUUUUUAGAACAAAUUUUUAAAAAAAUAUUUAUGUGAUUAACGAUAAAGGCUCUCGUGUGAAAGUUAAAUGUUUUGAAUGUUGGCAAAUAAUUAUUAAAAGCAUGAUGCAACUUUGGGAAAAAUUAAAAUUUUAUAAUUUUCCGUAUAUACGUACACGGAGAAUAAACCAAGAUUGUAUUGAAAAUUUCUUUGGUUCUAUUAGAUAACAAGGCGGUAAUUGUGUAAAUCCAAUCAAUUCAAUUCAUUCGUGCCUUUAAAAAAUUAUUUAGUAUGAAAGUUUUGGAACACUCAGACACGCAAAAUUGUGCUGUAGAUACAGAUCAAAUGUUAAA